CAUUCAAAACAGUCACGUGACAUUUUACAUUUUGCGAUUACCUUAGCUUAUCUAGUAGACUUGUAAAAAAAUGUCAUCAACGCUACCUCUUAACCCUAAACCUUUUUUAAAUAGUUUGACUGGCAAAAAAGUUAUAGCUAAAUUAAAAUGGGGUAUGGAAUAUAAAGGUUUUUUAGUAUCUCUUGAUGGUUACAUGAAUUUACAGUUGGCUAAUACCGAAGAAUAUAUUGAUGGUCUACUAAGUGGAAACUUGGGUGAAGUUUUAAUUAGGUGUAAUAAUGUUAUGUAUAUAAGAGGAUGUGAUGAAGAAGAUUCUAUUAAGGAAAAAUAACAAUUUUUUUUGAAGAUAUGUAUUCUACAAUUAUGUUUAUAAAUAUGUUUUGUUACUAUGAUUGUAUAUAAAUAGCUUGUUUAUUUCUUUAAUUUUUAAUAAAGUUUCAAUAUAAAUGAUCAUUAUAUU